AUGCAAAAGAUUCCUUAUGCAUUAGCUGUAGGGAGUCUUAUGUAUGCCCAAGUUUGUACGCGUCCAGAUAUAGCGUUCAUAGUUGGGAUGUUAGGCAGAUAUUUGAGCAAUCCAGGAAUAGAUCAUUGGAAAGCAGCCAAAAGGGUUAUGAAGUAUUUACAGAGAACAAAAGAUUAUAUGCUCACAUAUAGGAGGUCAGACCAAUUGGAGAUCAUUGGAUAUUCUGACUCUAAUUUUGCUGGAUGCCAAGAUAGUAAGAGAUCCACUUCAAGCUAUAUCUACAUGUUGGCUGGUGGUGCAGUUUCUUGGCGUAGUGCCAAGCAAACUCUCAUAGCUUCAUCCACCAUGGCAGCAGAAUUUGCAGCAUGUUUUGAGGCAUCUAACCAUGGGAUUUGGCUGAGGAAUCUUGUCACUAGGCUGCGAAUUGUGGAAGGAAUUGAAAGAUCGCUUAAGUUAUACUGUGACAAUAAACCAACCGUCUUAUUUUCCAACAAUAAUAGGAGCUCGACUAAGUCAAAACAUAUUGACAUCAAGUUCCUAGUUGUUAAGGAAAGGGUACAAAGUGGACAGAUUUCUAUAGAACACAUAGGGAUAAACUCCAUGUUAGAGGAUCCUCUUACAAAAGGUCUUCCGCCCAAGGUCUUUCAUGAGCACACUGCUCACAUGGGUGUUUUGCAGUGUGAGGAAUGCUUAGUUUAG